AUGGUGAAGGCAGAUCUGAGUCGCGACUACUAUGGCGACCUAGAACUUCAGCCAGGUGCAGAUGCACAAGAAAUUAAAAAACAGUUCAAGAAGCUUGCCCUUGCCUAUCAUCCAGAUCGUAACCCUGGCCGCGAAAGCGAGGUCACUGCCAAAUUUCAGAAGAUACAGUCUGCACACGAAGUCCUCACCGACGCGGCAGAGCGAGCGAAAUACGAUUCAAAUCGAUCUCGAACUGCAAGCAGCUUUCGGCAGUCGACAGCUUACUCUGGCGCCGGCUCAUCUGGCGUUCGAGGCAAUCCAUGGGCAAAUGCAGGCUCACAAUGGGCGCCGCCACCAAAGAAGGCACCGACUGCUCGAAAGGGCGCCCCUCCUCCUUCAGCUGGUGCUCAAAGAUAUCAAAAGUUUGAUCCGCCUAAGGAAACUCCCAACUGGGCACACAAUGAGGGACCCGAAGCUCGAGCGAAGACAUAUGAGGCAUGGGAGAAUAUGAGAGGACAUGGGCACACCUCAACAGGAUCAAGUAAGCAGUGGGGACAGCCACCCAAGGUCCCUCCACGAGAGCCUCCACAAUCGGGAAGAACAAGCGCUUCACAGAAUUAUGCCACACCUCCGAAAGCUCGAGCGGCCUAUACCGAUUUUCGACAUGGCACCACAUCGAACGCAAGCCCACGGAGAAGUGACAGUAUGAAUGGAAGAAAGGGGUUCAUGCCAAAUACCCCAGGUGGUGAUGAACCUGCGGCACCACGGGGAGCAUAUUUUACAACAACAAGAGCGGCAGCAGAACCUCCACCCGUUCCGCCACGCAAUCCAUCUCCCAUACCACCACCUGCUCCAGCAACCAACGCAGAUGCAGAUCUGCUAAACCAGUUUCGUGAUUCGAUUCCUAAAUACCAACCUCGCACAAGCACUCCAUACUCGACACAUGGUGGGGAGAAGUUUAACCCAUUUGAAAGCGCUAAUAUAGGCAGAUCUAAGAGCACCCGUGAGCCUGAACAUCCAAGGCAUGUCUCUCGCGCGGCUGGUUCGGACCCUAAUCUUGGAUCACCGCAUCGAACCGAGACUUUCGCGAGCCGACAGGCAAAAGGCAGCAAUCGAUCUCCUGUGGAAAUCUCCAGUGACGAUGAUAGCAAUUCGAGCCUUGAAAACGGACCAGCUCUUAGUGGCCGCCCAUUUGGCAGAAGACGUGUCUCCAAGAACGUGCGUAAUGGUGCAAGACCGACCGCCCAACCUCAACAGGUGCCGAAGGCGGCGGAAUCUUCUCCUCAAACACGUAAGCAUCUCACAAAUCUCGACAAAUUCCGACAGUGGAUGAAAGAGAACCCGGGUACAGAGCCACCACUAAAUGGGUUUCCUCCAGAUGGCCCUCCUCUUCGCUACGACGCCACGCAGACCGACAAGCCAGAUGAAGCUAAAAUGUAUGACCACUCUCAAAGUUUCUCAAAUUCCACUGGAAAUCCCAAAGCAGACACUCCAAUCAGAUCUUCGUCCUUUCCAAAAAGUCAUACAGCAAAUUUCAAAACAGCCGGCUUUCGGUCCAAAUAUCUUCAUCUAUUCCCAGACCGCACAGAGCCGACGGAAUCUCCUAGUGGAGGCGCCGUUGAACCUCAGGCUUUGAACGCGUUUGAAGGAAUUCAACGUAAUGUGAUAGAUCAUCUCCUUUCCAGCAGGCGUAAAAGUAGUGGCUCGAAUCCUCGGCAAGUCGCUCCUGAAAAGAGGGCUUCGUCGAGGGAAGACUCAAAAACAAAAGAUGCAAGUGUUACCGCCGAGAAUAUCCGUCGCAGUAGCACGUCGAUAAAAAUAAACAUCCCCAAAACCGAAACCUGCGAAAACCCAGACCUGUCGAGUCAAGGCUCUCGUCAUGGUUUUGGUUUUGGCUAUCCGAAUUUCUCUCAGUAUCGGAAUUCGACUGAGAAGAAGCAAGCGAAAAAGCCAAAAACUUCAAAACCUUUGUAUUCAGUUGAUCCCGACGCGAUGGAUAAAACGCGCUUGUUUUGGCACAAAUAUGAACAAUCAAAAUCACAUGCUAAUCCUCUUGGACUACCAAACAGAUUUUCGUUCAAUGUAGAUGGCGAAACCUUCAAACGAACUGAGCCAACACCAAACGGGUUUACAAGCGCGAGCGCGGAGAAUAUCAGUACUCGCUUUACGCCUGAGGAUUGGAAAGGUAAGUUCGAGGCUGGUGCAGAUUACUUCAAACCUGAACAGAAGUCGGGUGCAAACGCGGGAUCGCCACGCCGUGCUCAAUCUGGAAGCAGACCGAGGGGCAGGUCGCCUACGAAAGUGCGACCUAUUGACCCAAAACUUGCUCAAUCAAAAAGCGCAGAUGCCGAAAAUGUCAUGGAGUCGCCAGGGGGCACCAAAUUCUCGCCAGAAGAAUGGUCGAAGCACUUCAAACCACAGACUUUUGCUCCCCCAACAUAUCCGAUACGAACCCCGGGGAGGAAGCCGCGAGGCUCUAUCGCAAAACCAACAAUGGGUACCGCCGCUGUAGUUGACGACAGUGAGACUCCGGAUGAGAAGCCUCUCUUCGGCAACAAGCCUACCUCGACUGGAGCUACUGCGGCAUUCUCGCCUGCCCCGGAUGCUAUGGAUGUCGAUACUCCACCAGCAAGCCACACAAUUCCUAUAUUUGAGGAGAAAGACAAUGUCAACACCAAACGUCCAGCUUCUACUUCCCAGCCAACGACCCCUGUUGACGCAGAAUCACUGAAAGUUAAUUUUGAUGAGCUCAACAUUCAGGAUCUGAUCAAAACACUUCAGUUGCCAACUCCACCCAAGGGCCCUGAUACACCGCCCCCACCAACAAUGACAGAGACUAUUUCUAGAUCCGCACAAGAACAGUUUUUUGCACAAUUCGGCAUUUACAUGAGAGACUGGGAUCUGUUCAACAAUAAAAUCAUGUUGCAUUUCGUAUCGAGAAAAAAUCAAGUCGAUGGGUUUGGGCCGCAAAGAUGGGAGGAUGACCAAGUUAUGGAGAUUUAUAGACGCGGGUUACGAGAGGAUGCGCUUGUCACCAAGCACUGGCAAGAAGCCCGAGAGUAUCACGAAAAGGUCUUAAAGGAAUGUGCAAUUGUCAAGGAGAGAGUCAAGACGAGAGAUGAGAUGGAGAAAAUCUUGAAUGGGGAUAACUUCGAGAGGCCUCGGAAGAAAACACACUGA